AUGUGCACCGUGGACAAGAUGUUGAUAAAAGGGAUCAGGAGCUUCAGCCCAGACAACCAAAAUGUUGUCGAGUUCUACAAGCCCCUCACUCUGAUCGUCGGGCAAAACGGUGCAGGGAAGACGACGAUCAUAGAAUGCCUGAAGAUGGCCUGCGCUGGGAAUUUGCCGCCCAAUACCCGCUCCGGCCAGAGCUUCGUACACGAUCCCAAGAUAGCAGGCGAGACGGAGGUGAAGGCACAGAUCAAGCUACGAUUCCACACAAACACAGGCCAACCUGUGGUGAUCAUUCGCUCCUUUCAGCUCACUCAGAAGAAAUCGUCCAUGCAAUACAAGGCAUUGGAUCAAGUACUGCAAACAUUCAACAAGGAAACAGGACAGAAACAGGCGCUGACAUAUCGAUGUGCAGACAUCGACAGAACUGUCCCCUCGUUGAUGGGUGUUUCAAAGGCUGUGUUGGACAAUGUGAUUUUUGUGCAUCAAGAAGAAUCCAAUUGGCCCAUGGAUGACACACAGACACUCAAAAGGAAGUUCGAUGACUUGUUUGCUGCAACGAAAUAUACAAAGGCUCUUGAAGCUCUACGGAAACUGCGCACUGAGAAAGUGCAGGAGGUGAAAGAAUUGAAGCUAAAGGUUGAACACCUUAAGACACACAAGGACACCUCAAAGAAAUUGAAAGCAGAGAUAGAUGACUCCAAAGCCAAGUUGGGACAUCUGGAAGCUGACAUGAAAGGCAUUGACGAACAAAUUCAGGCUCUUUGCAAGCAGAUUGAUGCUGUGGAUCGAAAACUUGCAGUGAUAGCAGAUUUGGGUGACCAGGUUGUCAGAUUGAGAUCAGGUUUGUCUACAAUGGAAAAGCACAAUGCAGAGAUGCUGGCAAAACUCAAGAGAGGCGAUCUUGAAGAAGAUACCAAGCAGCUGCAGGAAUGGGUUCACAAAUUUGAUGACAAGAUAGGCCAGUUGAGGGUCGAGAUUGGCCAACUGGAAAGGGAUGUCAAUAGCUCGAAUUUGGCGAGCGAAGCCAUCAAAGAACAAUAUGCCAAGGAGUGCAAACGCCAAGGUCGUCUGGCUGCUGAGGCAGAGGCCCACCAAAACAGUCUGAAAGACCGCGAUGCUUUCAUUAGACAAACUGCAGUAGAGACAGGCAUCAUGACCUUGCCAGACAGUGGACUGGAGGCUUUCUCUCAGCCAGUGGUGGAGAGUUUCCUGCAAGCUGCGGAAAAGAAAAGGAUGGAUGUGGAGACAACCUUGGAGCAACACAAGGCAGCGGCAAGGAUGAAAGACAACAAUAUGAGCCAGGCAAUUGACACCAUGAAUUCCCAGAUAUCAGGAACCAUAGAGAAAAUACGCAUGCGGGAGCGUGUGAUCAAGGAAAAUGAGACUGCUGUGCAGAAGCUGCAGGGACAGAUCAGUGAGUGCGUUGUAAGCAAAGCCAUGAUGGAGGAAGUGUGCGAACAGCAGCAGCAAGCCUUGGCACGUUUGGAGGCCAACAAGAAGGAACAAGAGAACCGGAAUCUUGGGGACGCGCUGCAGAAAGAGACAUCAGAGAUCGAUGACCUGCAAAGGCAGGCAACUGCUUUGAGACAGGAGCGUGACAAACUCUCAGCUGUAUCAGAGAUGCAAACUCGAAGAAGGGUGAAGAAGCAGGAACUCUUAGUGAAAGAGGAGCAGCUGAAUAGCAUGGUCUCCACUCACAAGAGGAGACUGGAGCAGCUUGUGGGCAAUGGACUGGAGGUGUCGACCCUGCGAGAUGCUUCUGGGGAAGCUCUCCGCUCUUGCCAAGCAGAAUUUGAAUCCAAGUCUGUACAGUUGCAGAAGCGCCAAGCAAAGGAGUCACAGUUGCAGGGCAUGUUGAGCACAGAUCGUCAGCAGUUGCAGCUGUAUGAGACACAGUUGUCUGAUGCCCGAAGAGACUUAAGAGCUGGAAUGGCAGUGUGCCUGGGGCAGCAAUGUGCAGAGGACCAAUAUCAAGCAAAUCUUGUGGAGCAUGAAGAGAGUUCUCAGAAGCUGAUGAGCAGAGUGUCUUUGAAACAUGCCAGCAUCAAGAUGCUAAAGACCUACGUCAAAAUGGCGGAUCGAGCAAGCCUGUGCCCCUUGUGUGGAAGGGAUUUCCUUGGCGAUGAAGAGAAAAGUAAAUUUCUCAUGGAAAAGACCAAAGAACUCCAGAGCUUGCCAGAAGAAACCAAGGAGGACGAGUCGCAUUUGCAGGAGCUCCAAAAUAAGAUGACGACACUCAAAGGGCUGCAACCACUGUGGAUUCGAUUCUCUGACCUUCGGGACAAGAGCGUUCCACAGCAAAGGGCAAAAGUGACCACUCUGGAGCAAGAACUCAGUACACAACAGAAUGAGGUGGAGGAUUUGGAGGCCUUGGUUGCACUUGCAAAGCAUGAAGUUGGGAUGGCUGAAGAUCUCAUCAGGGCAGCAGUGUGGCCGAUCGACAGUUUGCACAAGGAGGUGCAAAACCGGCGGCAGGAACUUGCCCAGCUGGAGAGCCAAGCCAUGGCCCACUCGUCCUCUAGGACAGUGGGGGAUGUUGACACCGAGCUGGAUGCUGUCGAGUCCCAGAGGGCGCAGCAUGAAAGGGCGAAGGACAGCAUCAUGCGGCAGCACAACAGGCUGAGGGAUGAGCACAUGGCCCUGUCCAAUCAAUAUCGAGAUGCAAAAGAAGAGCUUGCAAAGUGCCAAAAUACAGAAAGGAGGCGGGACGACUUGAAGGCUCAGGUGUGCAAUCUUGAGGGCAGUAUCUCCAAAGCUGGUGUUGAGAUUCAGGCGUGGAAAGUGGAGCAUGAGGGGCUCAUGCAGCAAAGGAGUGGGCUUGUCAAGGAGAGGGAAGCCAUCAGAACAAAGGCUGCAGAACAUGAAAUACAGUUUGAUAGCCAGGUCAGGGAAGCAAGAACCAUCUGUGACAGACUACUUAGCAAGAUCAAGACUGUAGAAGACUACAACACGUCUGGGAAGGCGGCUGAACUCAUGGCAGCAAACAGGAACCUAGAGGAGCUUAAGGAAAGAAUGGAAACCACAAGGGCUGCCUGCAGCCAGAGGGACGAACAGCGCAAGGCCAGAGAGCAAGAACUGGUGGAGGCUGACAGCCUGAGGCGUGAGGUGCAGGACUGUCUGGACUGGCGGAGGAGCAAAGAGGAGGAGGCUACCAUCGUGGACAGGAUAGGCAGUCUAGAGCAGCAGAUGGCAGGGUCUGGCAAUCAUACAGAGCUCAUCGAAGAACUGGAGGGCUUCCAACAGCAGCGCAGGGAAUUGCAAAGCAAGUAUGACAUGAUGCGAGGGUCUGCUGGACAGAUUGAGCAAAGCCUGGAAAGGGCAAAGCAUGAUUUGGCUGCCCCACAGUUCCAUGAAAUUGAUGCCAAAUACCGAAGACACUUGAUCGAGGUGGCGACCAUGGACAUGGCAAACAGCGAUUUGGAGAAGUAUCACAAGGCUCUGGAGAAAGCUCUGCUGACUUUCCACACCACCAAGAUGUCUGAAAUAAAUAAGAUCAUAAAAGAACUGUGGCAGAAGACGUACCGUGGGCAGGAUAUUGACUACAUAUGGAUAAAGGCUGAUGCAGAAGGCCCAGGCCACAGGUCGUACAACUACAGAAUGGUCAUGUACGUAAACGGCGCUGAGUUGGAGAUGAAGGGUCGGUGCAGCGCAGGACAGAAGGUGCUUGCCUGCCUCAUUGUCCGGCUGGCCCUUGCGGAGACGUUCUGUCUCAAUUGUGGCAUCCUUGCAUUGGAUGAGCCAACCACCAAUCUCGAUGCAGCUAAUUCUGCAAGUUUGGCAGAAGCCCUUCGGCUAAUCAUUGAAGCAAGAAGACGACAGGAGAAUUUUCAGCUUAUAGUGAUCACUCAUGAUGAACAAUUUGCACAAAUGAUAGGAACCAGGGCAUAUGCAGAGAAACUGUGGAGAGUAACUAAGGAUCAAGAUCAGCACUCUUUGCUGCUUCAGGAGGACAUUGACUAG